UUCUCUAUCUCCAUAUAUAUUUCUUUGAGGGCCGGCCGGCCGGACCGUUUUCCGGCGACCUGAAAAUGGUGAAGUUUUCAAAGGAGUUGGAGGCGCAGCUCAUACCGGAGUGGAAAGACGCCUUCGUGAACUACUGGAACCUCAAGAAACACGUUAAAAAGAUCAAGUUUUUAAGACGGGCCAAAUCAUCGGUUUAUCAGGAUGGCAACGGCGACUUUGGCCGGUCUAUUUUCGACCCGGUCCGGGCUUUCGUCCAGAAUUUCUCCGGCUGGCUUCCCACUGCCGUCGCCGGAAAAUCCGAAAGCAAUCGUACUUCCGAGGUAAAUAACCAAAAACAAGAAGAAAGCAACCAAGAAGAAGAAGCCGAUGAGGAAGAGCAAGAAAUGCAUGAUAGUGAAAAUGAGCUUGUUCAACUCUUCUCCGAGGAAGAUGAGGUGAGUGUAUUUUUCGAGAAAUUGGAUGAAGAGCUAAAGAAGGUGAAUGAAUUUUACAAGAACAAAGAGAGUGAGUUUGUGGAAAGAGGAGACAACUUGAAGAAACAGCUCCAUAUUUUGCUGGAUCUCAAGCGGCUCGUCAACGACCGCCGCCGGAAAACCCUUCCCCGCUCAUUGUCCUCUUCUUCCGGCUCUAACUCCGACCACCGCUUGGAUUUCUCCGAUAAUGGGAGCGAAUAUUGCGGCAGUCCAGAGGCCAGAAACAACGCGACACCGGAGACGGACAGUGGGGUUGCCGCGGCGGUAGCGAGCAGAGCAAAGAAGGCCGGAAAUCGGAAGACGACCGCCCUGAGGAUUGACAUUCCGGCGACCACCCCUACGAGGGCCAUCUCCGCCGUGACGUCAAUGGUUUGGGAAGACUUGAUCACCACCAAAGAAGGCGGAGGGGAGAAGGAGACUGUGAGCACUAAGAAAACACAGUGUGCUGAAAAGAUGAUUAGGAUGGCUUUUGUGGAGCUCUACCGUGGCCUUGGAUUGCUUAAGAUUUACAGCUCUCUAAACAUGGUGGCGUUUGUCAAGAUCCUUAAGAAAUUUGACAAGGUAUCUAAGCAGCAAGCAUCAACGAACUAUCUAAAACUAGUGAAGAGGUCAUAUUUCAUUAGUUCUGAUAAGGUAGUGAGACUAAUGGACGAAGUGGAGUCCUUAUUCACGCAGCACUUUGCUAAGAAUGACCGGAAAAGGGCUAUGAAGUUCCUACGCCCCCAACACCACACAGACUCUCACGUCGUCUCAUUCUUUUCUGGGCUAUUCACAGGGUGUUUCGUGACAUUAUUUGGGGUGUACGGCAUAUUGGCGCACCUAAGCGGUAUGUUCUCUAGUUCAACAACCCAAGAUGCUGCUGCCUAUGUUGAGACUGUCUAUCCUGUUUUCAGCAUAUUUGCGUUGUUGAGCCUGCACGUGUUCCUGUACGGGUGCAAUCUGUUUGCGUGGAGGAGCACAAGGAUCAACGUCAACUUCAUCUUCGAGUUCCAACCCAAAACAGCGCUCAAGUACAGAGACGCCUUCCUCAUCUGCACCUCUCUCAUGACGGCGGUGGUCGGGGCCAUGGUUCUCCAUCUCAUCCUCUUCUCCAAAGGCUUUUCUUCCGAUCAAAAACUCGACGUCAUCCCCGCCAUCCUCAUCCUGUCAUUCCUUGGAGUGCUUAUAUGUCCAUUGAACAUUUUUUACCGUCCCACGCGCAUUUGUUUCCUUAGAGUGAUUCGAAACAUUGUCUGCUCUCCAUUUUACAAGGUUUUGAUGGCAGAUUUCUUCAUGGCUGACCAACUAACUAGUCAGAUCCCAUUGUUAAGGCACAUGGAAUCGUCGGCGUGCUAUUUCCUCGCCGGAAGUUUCAAGACCCACAAAUACGAGACCUGCAAAUCCGGCCGGAUGUUCACGGAGCUCGCUUACCUCAUCUCCUUCGCGCCCUACUACUGGCGGGCUGCCCAGUGCGCCCGGCGGUGGCUCGACGAGGACGACGCCAGCCACCUCGCCAACUUCGGCAAGUAUCUCUCGGCGAUGGUCGCCGCCGGGGCCAGGCUGACGUACGCCAGGCAGCCCGAAUCGCAGCUCUGGCUCGCCAUCGUGCUCGCCACUUCAUCCACGGCCACCGUUUACCAACUCUAUUGGGAUUUCGUCAAGGAUUGGGGAUUUUUCAACCUCAAUUCCAAGAACACAUUGCUCCGAGACGAUUUGGUUCUCAAGAAUAAGAUCGUCUACUAUGUUUCCAUUGCCCUGAAUUUUGUCUUGAGGCUGGCAUGGGUGGAGACUGUGAUGCGUUUCAAUGUUGGAGUCUUCGAGUCACGCCUCCUCGACUUCUCACUCGCUUCACUUGAGGUCAUCCGACGCGGACAUUGGAACUUCUAUAGGUUGGAGAAUGAGCAUUUGAACAAUGUUGGAAAGUUUAGGGCAGUGAAAGCCGUUCCAUUGCCGUUUCGCGAAACAGACUCUGAUGUCUAAUCUAAUGUGUUUCUCAUUAUUAUUAUUAUUAUUAUUAUUACGAGUACUAUUUCAGUGUGUAGAUAUGAAGAAAAUGUAUCCGGAUGU